GGUUCCGCUUUCCCUGCUUGUACUGAGAAGUGAGUGGAAGUGACAGGAUCGAAGUGCUGGAACAUGGAAGCGGCUAACUGCUCCCUGAGGGUGAACAGGCUGCUGCUGGACCCCAAGUUUGAGAGCUACAAGUUGUCUCUGGACCCCCUGCCCUGUUAUGGGGUGGACUUGGAUGCUGCUGUUGCAGAAGUGAAGCUCCGGGAUGAUCAGUACACACUGGACCACAUGCAGGCAUAUGGAAUGUAUAAUUACCUUCACAGUAACCCAUGGUGCCCUGAUAGUGUGUUUUAUGUGGACCAACUUGGUAGAAUCUUGAACCUGGCGGUGACUCUGGACACAGCUUUAGGAAAACCUAUAGAAGUUUUCAGAUUUCCAAGUGACCUGAGUGCCUGUGACAAGCGUCUAUGCUCCUCCAUACACUUUACAUCGACCGAUUGGGUGACCCUAUCUGACGGGACAGGCACCCUAUAUCUAGUUCACAUUGCAAACGCUGACCAUUCCGGGAAAUGGGAACUCAGGUUUAAUCAAGAACUCGGGGAUCCAUUCAUUGUACUUCACAGCAUCCUCUUUGUCCGGGAGGAAGUACAGAUAAUUGAUGUUCUUCUGCUGACUAUUGAAAAAGAUGAUCUGAAUGUUGAAGGGAGUGGGUUCCAUGUCUCUCUGGAGUGGAUAUCCAUAGCACUGCCUAGUCAAGACGAAUGUAAAUUCGAAGUCUUAAAACGUAGAAAGCUUCAUGGCAAAUCUGUCCCGCAUUACGCAGCUAUUGAACCGGAUGGGAACGGCUUGAUGAUUAUCUCUUACAAGCCCUUCAGAUUCAUUCCAAAUGAACAAAAUCAAGCUGAAGAGGAGAGCAUGGAACAGGAUGAAAAGAAAGAUCCCCUGUAUGUCUGGCAGCAGACGGCAAACUAUGUGACCUUUACAUGUGCCCUACCCGAAGGCACAACCAGAGACGACAUCAAGAUCCACUUUGCUCCCACUCACAUAACUAUCUCAUUAAAGGAGCAGAAGCCCUUCCUGAAAGGACCGCUGUACUCCGUCAUUGAUCAUGAAAGCAGCACUUGGGUUCUAAAAGAUGAAAGACGGGUGGAGGUUACGUUGGCGAAGAAAGACAUUGGCAGUAUGUGGGCAGAAGUAAUUAUUGGCAAUAAACAAGGAGAGUUCAUCGCAGAUCCGGCACAGUGUGCAGCUAUAGCGGAACAGCUAUUGCACCUCACUUCUGAAGACUUGAACCCGGAUCCAGAUGGAGACAAACCUCCCUGUAAUGCCCAGGAGCUGGAAGAGUGUGAUGUUUCACUUGAAGAUUGUGCAACACUCUGUAGAUUUGAUGGCAGCAGUUUAAAGGCCACUCAUGUGGUAAGGGGCGGGCUUGCGUUCGGCAGCUACCAUUUUCUGUUUUCUUUAGUAGCGACCCCAGAGCUGAUGCCUUGCUUCUCCUUAAGACACGAUGUGGAUGCGUUGCUGUGGCAACCGCGUCCAGCGCCCAGUGAUGAUUUGUGGGAGCACGCUGCUACAUUCAACGCUCUUGGUUAUGUUCAGGCAUCAAAGCGAGACAAGAAGUUUUUCACUUGCGCUCCGAAUUGUUCAUACGCCGCCCUGUGCGAGUGCGUGCGCAGGAUCUUUAUCUACCGCCAGCCCACUCCAGUGGCCACCGUAUUGUACAACAGAAAAGAGGGGCGCCGUGUAGGACAAGUUGCUAAGCAGCAGGUAGCGAGUCUGGAGUCCAGCCAUACUAUCUUAGGCUUUCAAGCUUCCAACGAGCGCCUGUUUGUUCUAACCACAAAGAAAUUGUCUGUAAUAAGAGUAAACAAUGGCAGCUAAUUAGCCAUCUCCGCUUUCCUUUCAUCUUCCUUCACCGCCAACCAAAAUAAUCCUACGUGAGCUC